AUGAACCACAAAAUCUUCAAGUCCAUCAUCCUCAGAACCCCCACCGUGCCCCGCUCCUUCCCCCCUCGCGGCCUCCUCGCACUCGCCGCCGUCGCCGUCCCCCUCGCCAUCUACGGCUACAACGGCAUCUGCAACGGUACGCACCACCCCCCCCUCUCCGCCCCCGACCCCCGACCCCCGCUCACCCCCGCCACAGUCGAGGGCGGCCACCGAGUCAUCAUCUUCAACAAAAUCUUCGGCGUCCGAGAAAAAAUCUUCGAGGAAGGAACCAUCUGGCGAUGGCCCGUCCUCGAGCAAACCAUCGACUACGACAUCCGUAUGCGCCCCAGGUCCAUAGGCUCCCUCACCGGAUCUAAAGACCUCCAAAUGGUCAAAAUCACCCUUCGAGUCCUCUAUCGCCCGGACCCUUCCAAACUCCCCACCAUCUUCCGCACCCUCGGCACCGACUUCGACGAACGCGUCCUCCCCUCCAUCGUCAACGAAGUCAGCAAAAGCGUCGUCGCCCAGUACAACGCCUCCCAACUCAUCGUUCAGCGCGAAAUCGUCUCGCGCACCAUCCGCGAACGACUCACCGACCGCGCCAAGGACUUCAACCUCCUCCUCGGCGACGUCUCCAUCACCCACCUCAGCUUCGGAAAGGAAUACAGCAACGCCGUCGAGUCCAAACAAGUCGCUCAACAAGAAGCCGAACGUGCCAAAUUCAUCGUCGAAAAAGCAGAACAGGAAAAACUCAGCGCCAUCAUCCGAGCCACCGGCGAAGCAAAAGCCGCCCAACUCAUCGGAGAAGCCAUCCAAUCUAACCCCAACUUCCUAACCCUCAGAAAAUACGACACCUCCAGAGAAAUCGCCAAACUUGUCUCAAACUCUCAAAACAAGGCCCUCCUCUCCGCCGACAUCCUUCUCCUCAACACACUCGGAGAACCCACUCGUCGUACCGAACACCAAUAAAACACCUCCCCGUCCGGAACACCCCUCUCUUCUCUCUCUA